AGAACAAGAGCUCCAGCAGAGACUUUCCAGUAGAUUGGCUCCACCUAGGAUUAACCAGGGGGACUGUGACAAGAAUAAAGAUGACUUCUGAAGAUUUUUCUGCAACAGAGACCAGCUCCUUGCACCUGAAAAGAGAACAACAAAGUCAUGUCACUGGAACUUACUCUGCAACAUAUCAUGAAGGGUCCAUUCAAGUUCCUAUCCCAUGUGCUGUAGUAAAUGUGGUCUUCAUCACCACUCUCAUCAUAGCUCUCAUUGCUCUAUCAGUGGGCCAGUACAACUGUCCAGGACAAUAUGUGUCAUCAGCACCACCAAACACCCAUGUGUUUCCAUGCUCAGAUGAUUGGAUUGGACACAAGGGGAAAUGCUAUCUUAUUUCCAAGAAAACAAAGAACUGGACCUUGGCCCAAAACUCUUGCUCCAAACACGGUGCCACUCUUGCUGUCAUUGAUUCUAAAGAGGACAUGAACUUUUUAAAACAACAUGUGGGUAGAGCUGAACACUGGAUCGGGCUGAAAAAUGAAGCUGGCCAGACAUGGAAAUGGUCAAAUGGCCAAGAAUUUAACAACUGGUUCAACCUUACGGGGUCUGAGAACUGUGCAGUUCUGAACAGUGCAGAGGUCAGCAGCACAGAAUGUGACAAGAAUUUACACUGGAUAUGUAGCAAACCUUCCAAAUAAAGAGGACAUUCUAACAUGGAACUCUAGGAAAUGUGACAAGUGUGGCUGCAUGCCGCUCUUUGGUCAGAAGUUUCCCAUAAAGACUUUGUGAAAAAAAAGCUUUGUAUUAUUUGGGAAACUUUCUUCCACGCAAGACUGGAAAAAAGGGAGGAAAAUUCCAGGCAUGUCUGCAUUAUGGAAUACUCCUGCCAUGAUCUGAAAGUAUCACAGGUUGACUGAUAAAUCUUGUCCAAGGAUGAGAAAAAUGACUUCAAAGCUUUUGAGUGCACUUUAUAUAUUUUUAACUCAGAGAUAAUAAAAUAACUAGGUUUAGAGUUAUUAUUUAUUGUUGAAUGACUACAAACAAUGUAUGCCCUUCAUGCAUUUGUACUGUAUGAAGGAAUUAGACAGUGGUGUUAAAAACUGAAUGUAAGCAAAGGAAAAUUUAACUGGUAGCACAGAGAUUUAGUCUAAAUGCAUUUUACUAGCUCCAAGGAUAUUAGUAAAUGGGCAAAUGCUUAUGAAAUGAAACUUUGUAAUAUUUCUCUCUUUUUAAAGAAGUUUGUCAGAUUUUUUUUGGUAAUUUCUCCCCCAAACAAUGGGGUGAUUAGGUAUUUAUAUUAUUUUUUUCACUUUUUCUCCGUAAGCCUGUCUUUUUCAAUGGUAUAUAAAUUAUUGCCUUAUAUAGAGUCUCUCACAAAGAUAAGGGAAAAAACAAAGAAUAUGAGGAAUAUUUGUAAAACAGAUAAAAGUGUUGGAAAAUGUGAAAUAUGUGAUGUGGCAAAUCUCUAUCAGGAAAAAGUCUGUAUUGUUCAAUUCUGGAAUAAUAAUAGUUCUAUCUGCUUAUAAAUGUGUGUCUUUCCUGAUACAAUUCUAUCAUGUGCAAUACUUCAUGUGAAGUAUUUCCUAAGUGCAAUAAAGUAUGUUUAUUUGUUUGUCUUUUGUAUCCAGUGCAAUUAUAAGCUGCCUUUAUGUAUGUUAAAAUAAAAGUAAAAAAAAAAUGGUUUCUAAGAAAUGGUGAUUCCUACAAUAUAUACUAAAACUUACAUCUCAUACUAGAAAGAAAGAAGUAGAAUAAUAUAACAUUUUUUGGAAGACAUACCUAUUAUAAAACCUUAGCUUUAUAAUGAUUUGUACCUGGAAAGUGGUUU